AUGAAAUUAAGAAACAUGUGCGAAUUUGAAGAAGAUAUAAUUACCGUAGGAAAGUAUGUGAUAGUAAAGAAAUUGAAUUUUAAGAAAAUUUAUAAGGUUACCGCUAGUGGAAGUUUAAUGCUAGGAAAGGACCUAGUGGAUAUGCGUGAAAUUAUUGGGAAACGGUUUUGGACCAGCUUUGAGAUGAUACCAUCAAAAGAUGGAAAACGAUCGUUUUCUCUGAAAGAAGUGACAGAAACUGAAUCAUGGGACGAUUUAUUAAGUACACUGUCCAGUGGCAAUGAUAAUCGUACCAUCAUUGAUGAUGGCAAUUCACAGAAACUUUCCAAAGAAGAAAUCCUUCGGCUUCAGGAAUCUGGUAAAACUGGUAAAGAGAUUGUGGGCAGCUUAAUUGAAAAUAAUAAGUCUUUCUUGGAAAGAACAGAAUAUUCGCAAGAAAAGUAUCUAAAGAAGAAAGAACAAAAGUAUCUUCGUCAUUUAACCAUAUGUAAACCAAAUAUAAGUUCUCUGCACAGCAUAUAUUUUAAGUUAGAUCAUAAUAAAAUUGGAAACUUAAGGAUGGAUGCAUUGGCACAGUUAUUAUCAUAUAGUGAUGUUCAAUCAGAUGGGUUGUAUAUUUUAUAUAAUAGUGGGUCUCAAGGUUUACCAACAGCUGCAAUGUUAAAUAGAAUUGGAGCGAAUACAGCUGGACAUUUAAUUAAUUUGCAUCCUGGAAAUGUGCCUCAAGCUACAAUUGUUCAUGCUAUGAACUUUCCUAAAGAACAGUUAGACAGAUUGAUUAAUGUCAAUAUCUAUAGCUUUUUAAGGUUGUAUCAUCAAGGUGAAAGCGCAGUUUUAAAUAACAUUCUAACAUUGAAGAAACCACGCGAUAGUUGGACAAAAAAGAUUAAAAAGAAUGCUAGCAAUGUUUCAGAUAAAAAUUGUAUAGACAAUCAAAUCUCUGAGAACAAGGAGACUAGUAAUAAAGAAUGUUUAAAAAGUGUUAGUGAUACAAGUAAGAUUACAGAAAAUAAUGAGACUUCUAAAGAAGAGAGUGUGAAUAGUUGUUCAACAGCAACAAAACGAAAAUUAGAUGAGUCAGAGGAAGGUAACUCUAUGGAAGAUGUACCAGCAAAGAAACCAAAAUGGUUAUUGGAAACCCAAUGUGCUGUAGAUCUUGUACAGAAGGUGAAAGCUCGUGGAUUAGUUAUUGUAGCUAAAGAACAUCCUUUGAACAUUGUAACCGCCCUUUUACCUUUCUUGGGAGUAUCUAGGCCGUUUGUAAUUUUUCACAUAUAUCGAGAACCUCUCCAAGAGACAUAUAUGAUGUUAAAACAAAGACAAAAUGUUAUUAACUUAAGACUGUUUUCCAAUUUUCUACGUUCUUAUCAAGUGUUACCAGAUAGGACACACCCUGACAUUUUAACUAGUGACACAGGUGGUUAUUUAUUAACAGGAUAUUUAGUUGAAUGAUAGUCAAUAUUAAAGAAACAACUAUAUAGAUUGUGCUUUAAUCUUCUGUAGAUGAAGAAUGAAUUACUUCCAUCAUUUACAAUCAAACAUUUUAACUAUUGAUGUCAACUGCAUUGGAAAGGAUAUUCACAUUCGAAUAAUAUUCUAUACAAUAACCAUAAAAAAACAACAAACAUUUUAUAUGAAUAUUUUGUAUUUGAAU